AUGCGCGGACUUGCCUUCUCGGUGCUCCCCCUACUCUGGACGGCGGUGGUGGACGCGUCAGUGAACACUUUCGGCGUCCGCGACGACCUCCACUUUCCCGUUCACGCUCGCGCGACGAACAAUGACGGCUCAAGGCCCAUCUACAAGGACCCGAAGGCGGACAUUGAGGACAGGGUGAACGAUCUUUUGCCGAGGAUGACGGUGGAGGAGAAGGUCGCCCAGCUCAUACAAGGAGACAUGAACGGGUGGAUGAACCUCACGGACCCCCUCGACGACACGCUCACUUUCAACCAGACCGGGCUGGAGGAGAUGAUGCGCCUCAAAGGCGGCUCGAUCUGGGGCGGCUACCUCACACCAUGGGACAAGUUUGUCUUUGGAGUAACAGUGGGCCAAAAGUACCUCAUGGAGAACACCACCCUCGGCAUUCCUGCACUGAUACAGUCAGAAGGACUCCACGGCUUCACCAACAAUGGUACCAUUUGGCCAUCCCCGAUCGGCUGGGCCGCGUCCUUCAACCCUGAACUGCUCCAAAAAGCAGCUGUGACGAUUGCGGACGAAGCUGAGGGCCUGGGCAUCUCGCACGUCUUUGCACCCGUGCUUGACCUUUCGCGCGAGCUCCGCUGGGGGCGAGUGGAGGAGAACUUUGGGGAGGAUCCGUUCUUGACUGGCGAGAUGGGCCACGCGUUCGUCACCGGGCUACAGUCUGGGUCGCGACGGAAUGUGAGCGACACCGCUAUCGCGCGUAUGGCGGCCACUUGCAAGCACUUCGCCGCGUUCGGGUCGCCUCAAGGAGGCUUGAACACUGCGCAAGUGAGCGGCGGCGAGCGCGAACUUCGCUCCACAUACCUCAAGCCGUUCAACCGCGCGUGCGUCGAGUCGCUUUCGAUCAUGACUGCGUACUCGAGCUACGACGGUAUCCCGGCCAUCGCGAACAAGCACCUCCUCACGGAUAUUCUUCGUAACGAAUGGGGCUACAAGUACUGGGUCACGACCGACGCCGGUUCUGUCGACCUUCUCAUCAACCAACACGGGACGUGCGACUCACGCGAGUGCGCCGCCAAGGUCACACUUGAAAACGGCUUGAGCGGCGAGAUGGGCGGCGGCACCUACACAUUCCUCACUCUCCCGGACCAGAUCGCCGCUGGGACAGUGGACAUUAAGCUAGUAGAUGAGACGGUCAAGGCCAUGUUGCGCACCAAGUUCUCGCUUGGGCUGUUCGAAAAUCCCUACCCGUACGACGACUAUCUGUCGACCCUUCGCACCCCCGAGACCCGAGAGCUAUUGCACCAAAUGGAACAAGAGACGAUCGUCCUUCUCGAGAACCACAAUAGAGCACUUCCCCUCAGCAAGUCCAUCUCGUCGGUCGCGCUCGUCGGUCCGCAAGUGGAUCGCGUGUCGUUUGGCGACUAUGUGUUCUUCAACGCGUCUCUUAACGGCAUCUCCCCGCUCGCCGGUUUCACCCAGCUGCUUGCGAACACCUCCGUUGAGAUCAAGUACGCGCAGGGUUGCGAAUUGUGGUCGAACGACCCGUCAGGCAUCCAGGCUGCGGUCGAUGCCGCGAAGAGUGCGGACGCGACAGUUGUGAUGGUGGGCACGUGGACUCUGGACCAAACUCUCCUCUGGACACCGGGCACCAAUGCAACCACGGGCGAGCACGUCGACGUCUCCGAUCUCGGCCUGGUGGGGGCGCAGAUGCAGCUCGUCCAGGCGGUCACCGACGCUGCGAAGGGCCCUGUCAUCGUCGUCCUCAUCAGCGGCAAGCCCGUCGCUGAGCCAUGGAUCCAAGCACACGCCGAUGCCGUCAUCCAGCAGUUCUACCCCGGUGAGCUCGGCGGCCUCGCGCUCGCCGAGAUCGUCUUUGGGGAUGCGAACCCGUCCGGAAAGCUCCCUGUCUCCUUCCCCCGCUCGGUCGGGACGACGCCUGUGUUCUACAACUACCUCAAGGCCGCACGCUUCGUCGACCCGGGUUCUAUCGCGGACGACGGCACGCUGCACUUCGGGCACCAGUACGUGCUCGACUCGCCCGUGCCGAUCUGGAGCUUCGGGCACGGUCUGAGUUACACGACGUUCAACUACACCGACCUCACCCUUUCGAGCGCGAGGAUCUCACCCGGGGAGGACUUCAACGUCACCGUCACCGUGCACAACACCGGCACCGUUGACGGCGCGGAGGUCGUGCAGGUGUACGCCACCGACGUCGUCUCGUCCAUUGUGACGCCCAACCAGGAGCUCGUGGGCUUCCAGAAGGUCCCUCUUGCCGCGGGCGAGUCGAAGACGGUCACGAUCCCCGUGCUCGGGAGCCAGCUCGCGCUGUGGACGCUCGACAACAAGUUCGUCGUCGAGCCGGGCGCGUUUGCGAUCAAAGUCGGGACGAGCGACCAGAGGUUCCUCAACGCUACUCUCACGGUUCGGUAG